CAGAUUGGUAAUUCACGCAAAAGCGAUGAACGCCGCCGCGCUCUCUUUCACCGCCGGCGCCGCGCCAUUGGCCGCCGCCCUCGACCGCCAUCCAACUACGCUCUCCCUCCGUCAGAUCCAGGGCCGCUUCGUUCGCUUCGGCCUCACAUCCGAUCCCCGCCUCUCCGCCCAUUGUCGCGCCGGCGCCGGCGCCGGCGCCGGCGCCGGCGCCGCCAGCACCACCCUCCUGAACGCUAUCCCCCACCGCGCUCGCUCCCUCCUGGAAUACAACCACCUCAUCCGCGACUACGCCUCCUCUGCCCUCGCCGACCUCGCCCUCGACCUCUUCUUUGAGAUGCUGGACGCGGGAUUCUUCCCCAACGAGUUCACCUUCCCCUUCGUCCUCAAGUCCUGCGCCCUCCUCGGCCUCUUCGAUCUCGUCCAGCAGAUCCACGCAGCUCUAGUAAAAACUGGUCUUUUAGCCUCCAACGUCUUCUGCGCCGGCGCCCUCUUGGAUGUCUACGUCAAGAAUUCAUCUUUUGGCGAUGCGUGUCAGUUGUUCGAUAGAAUGCCGCACAGAAAUGAAGUCACUUGGAAUGCCAUGUUGACUGCUUGCGCCCAAAAUGGAUUCUUGGACAGGUGCUUGGAGAUGUUGGACGCCAUGGUAGAGUCUAGAGUGGAAGUUGGGAUCGUCAGCUGGAAUUCUAUUGUUGCUGGUUGUGUUCGACAUGGCGAUCUCGAAUUUGCCUUGGAGUCUCUCAGCAUUAUGCUUUAUUUAGGCUCAUUCAAGCCCAAUGUAGCCACCUUCAAUACCCUUCUCCCAUUAAUCCCCACAAUCCCAUCUCUAGACAGACUCAAGGAGUUACAUGUACUUUUUUACAGGAAUAUCGUCGACAGGAUUGAUAACGAUCCAAUCAGUGCCGAUCGGGUGUGGUCAGCUAUGGCAGCUGGAUAUGCCUUCCACAGGUGCAUGGAAUAUGCUACUUGCUUAUUUGAGAAAGUCAGGUUGAAAACUUGCUAUCUAUGGAAUUCAAUGAUCUCAGGGUUUCUAGCCUAUGGGCAAAUCGACAAAGCAUUCCAUGUUUUCCGGGAGAUGGCCUUACAAUGUGGCUUUGAAGCACAAACACUUUCUCAAGUUUCAUUGACCUUAAUCCUUCCAGAAUGUGGUCGGCCAUGGAAAUCUGGAUUGGAGAUCCAUGCCCAUGCUUUUAGAAGUGGGAUUGAAUCGAGCACAGCGGUGAGCAAUGCUCUGAUAGCCAUGUAUGCUAAGCGAGGAGACACCUUUGCGGCUGAGAAGAUUUUUCGAAUGAUAAAAGCAAAGGAUGUCGUCUCUUGGAAUACAACGGUUGCGAUGUAUGUGAUGGUUCAUGAUGUAGAUCGUGCAUUCAAGCUAUUCCAACAGAUGGUCACAGAGGGCGUCCAGCCUGAUGAGUACUCAUUCAGUUCUGCCCUUAAUGCCUGUGCAUAUUCCUCAUGUCUCAGACAGGGGAUGGCACUACAUGGACGUAUGGUUAAGAGUGGGUUCUGCAGCUCAUGUCCGAUUGUUCAGAAUUCUCUCAUGGAUGCUUAUGGGAAAUGUGGGUGUGUAGAAGAUGCUCAAAGUGUCUUUGAGGAGGUGCACCACAAAGAUGUCAUCUCAUGGAAUACGAUAAUAUCAUGUUAUGGCUUCAGUGCGCGUCCUCAAGAAGCCAUCUUACUUUUCAAUAGGAUGAAAGACGAAGGUUGGAAGCCCAAUCGUGUGACCUACAUUGCACUUUUGUCAGCUUGUAAUCACGCGGGACUGAUUGAUGAGGGCUUGCAUUACUUUGAAACAAUGGUCAGUGAGCAUGGGAUUGUACCUGAUGUGGAUCACUAUACUUGCAUUGUAGAUAGCUUAGGAAAAGCAGGUCUGCUUAAGAAAGCCUACCAGUUCAUAAAAGACAUGCCGGUUGAGCCAGAUGACUACAUCUGGGGUGCAUUACUUAGCUGCUGUAGGAUUCAUGGGGAUGUUCAACUAGCUGAAGUCGCAGCUAAGCAUCUGAUUGAAUUGGACCCUCAGCACUCUGGUUACUGGGUGUUGCUAUCUAACAUAUAUGCCGAUGCAUCUAGGUGGGGUGAUGUCUCGGAGGUUCGAGCAGCCAUGAAUGGUGCCGGCGUUAACAAGUGCCCAGGCUUCAGUUGGGUUGAGGUAGGUGGCAGGGAAGUACACAGGUUUCUAACUGCUGAUAAGCUCCAUGAACAAUGUGAUGAUAUAUAUUUAGCUCUUGAUGGUCUAACAAAGCAACUGAAAGAUGAAGGAUAUGCCCCACUUGUGAAUCCUAAAGGCCCUUUAUCCUGAAUGAAGAAUAA